AUCUUAGGGGCAACAAGACCCAUCACUCUCUAUACCAACACUCAAAGAUAUAAUCAUCUCUGCUCAUUAUCGAUGAACGGUUGUCAAGUUCGAAACCCUAUAACUCCCCUUGGGAUGACUGAAACUCGCACUUUUUCACCGGUUUCGUCACCUGCCAUGGCCAUGGACCGAUUAAAUUCCGCAAUUAUAAAGUUGGGGUGCGACCCACCGGUGUUCGAGUCCGGAAUCAUAAGGCUCCAGGUUCCAAUCGAACAGCAAAUAGAAGCAAUCGACUGGCUACGUGGUCAGCAACAAUUUCAGCAUCUUCCUCGAUGUUUUUUCUCCGGAAGAAGGCAACCAAGAAUCAAUGGAAAUGAUUUAUUUGAUUACGACACCAAUAAUCGGGAUUCAUCUCCGGUCAGCAUUGCUGGUUUGGGAUCCGCUGUCUUCUUUCGCCAUUUCACCCCCUUUUCACUCCAUGAUUGGCGAUCUAUUAAGAGGUUCCUUUCUAAGAAGUGCCCAUUGAUUCGUGCUUAUGGAGCCAUCCGCUUUGAUGCAUUGGCUAAUAUAUCAUCUGAAUGGGAAGCUUUUGGAUCAUUCUUCUUCAUGAUUCCACAGGUUGAGUUUAAUGAGUUUGAAGGAAGUUCAAUGCUAGUAACUACUAUUGCCUGGGAUCAAUCCCUUUCAUGGACAUUUAAGAAGGCAGCACAUGCACUUCAGGCAACCAUGGGACAGGUUUCAUCCAGUAUUGUAAAAUUACGAAAAGAGGUUCCUACUACAUCCAUUCUUAGCAGCAAUAAUGUUCCCAGUAAGAAAUUGUGGGAUUUUGGUGUUAAUAGAGCAUUACAGAUGAUAAACAAAAACAACUCACCACUUAUCAAGGUUGUGCUUGCACGUAGCAGCAUAAUUAGGACCUCGGCUGAUAUUGAUCCUUUGACAUGGUUGGCAUCUUUACAGGUUGAAGGUAAAAAUGCUUACCAGUUCUGUCUUCAACCUCCUGAUGCGCCGUCAUUUAUUGGGAACACUCCAGAGCAAUUAUUUCAUCGGAACAGAUUUGACAUUUAUAGCGAAGCAAUGGCUGGAACCCGAGCUAGAGGUGACUCAAAGGCCCUGGACCUGCAGAUUGAACUGGAUCUACUUUCCAGCUCUAAGGAUGAUAAUGAGUUCGCUAUAGUGCGGGAGUGCAUAAGAAGAAAACUAGAGGCUGUAUGUACAACAAUAUUGGUUGAACCAACGAAAACAAUUCGAAAGCUCCCAAGAGUACAGCACCUUUACGCCCGAUUAAGAGGCAGACUGAGAAGUGAAGAUGACGAGUUUGACAUUUUAUCUUCACUUCAUCCAACUCCAGCUGUCUGUGGAUUCCCUACUGAAGAGGCACGAGUUCUGAUAGCAGAAACUGAAAUGUUUGACCGAGGAAUGUAUGCUGGUCCAGUUGGUUGGUUUGGAGGAGGAGAGAGUGAGUUUGCUGUCGGUAUACGUUCAGCCUUGGUUGAAAAGGGGCUUGGAGCAUUAAUCUAUGCUGGGACAGGGAUAGUGGAAGGAAGUAGUUCAUCACAAGAGUGGGAUGAACUGGAACUGAAGACAUCUCAGUUCACCAAGCUGAUGAAACUGGAGGUGCUCUCUCUUGAUACAAAGAAGACGAUGUUAUUUGAAAAGUAAAACUAAAAAGUGUAAAGGGACCAGAUUAUAUGUCGUGUGGACUGACCAAUCAUCACCUGAUGCCUGUCUUCAUUCAUUCACCUAAGGUGCAGAUGCCAAUGCAGGUGACAGGAGCCGAAUGUUGAAUUUCGCCCCCACCUAGGAAGAUUAUUUUGAUGAAGAUAGCUUUCUUUUUGCUCAUCAAAUGUUUAAAGUUUGAAUGAUCACCAAAUCAAUUACAAGUAGAUAGUUUUGUUUUUGUUUUCUUUUUGCUGAACAGCCAAAAUAGUUAUGAUCUUUGGCUGGUUUUACCUCUUUAUUGACUAUUAUUUGGGUUUGAAACCCUGCUUCAUUUAAUACAUCAAUACUUGUAUA